AUGAAAUGGUAUAUACAAGGGUUGGUGUUUGGAUACCUCAGUGCCCCCCAAAGAACUGGGAGACUAGGUCGUGGUCUGGAGAUGGUAGACGGCCAUCAGGAGCACUCCACUCACUAUCUCGUACUGUCCAUAGGGGUUCCAUCUACUCCGGGGAGUCCUGGUAAGGCAUGGAUCGUAUUCAAAUCCCGGGUCCUCAAACAGGGGCUCCUCCAGGUCAGCUCGACCCUCAGCUCGAUCGAGUUGAGUUUCCUCUGUUUGGACUCGAUCGAGUCCGGUGGUCGAGCUGGAGCGUCUGGCCUUGGAAGUCUUCCUCCUUCUCUGCGUGUUGUCUUCUCCUUCCCUUGGCUCGAAAGAAGAGGCUCUGUGAGGCUCUUGGGCAGUGGAGAGCUACUCCUAAGGACUUGGACUUCUUCUUGCUUGAAGAACCAGAAACCUUCUUCUCCAAACUUUUGA